AAAAAUAAUGAAUAAAAGUAAAAGUGCUGUUGUGUGUGCGUGCGCGGAAUGUUUUCUCGUUCGAAGUUUUUGAAUUUGCUGCAAAUUUCCACCUAGGAAAUCGAUCGAAAUAGUUGUUAAUUAUUAAUUCUUGAUAUACGCAGUAGCCACGGUUCGGCCACAACACUGGUGCAGCAGCAAGGAUGGCCCCUACGAGGAAACCGAACGACGGCCUUCUGGCACGGGUCAAUUUUCCUCUCUACACAAUCGAAAUGCUCACCAGUCGACACGUCCUUGUCGGUGGCGGUGGCGGAGCCUCCAAGACCGGAGUGGCCAAUGGUUUUGAGAUAUUCGAAAUCUACCACGAUGGCGAAAAGUAUGUGGCCGAUGAAGUGAUUCGGCACGAAACAGGGCCUACGGUGGUCAUGAACUGCGCCACGAAGAAUGACGAGAAACGCACCCUGCUGGUGGCAGGUCAGGAAAGUCACUGCCAAAUGUAUUUCGUAAAUCCAAUUAUUAGCUCCCCUGAUGGAGAAUAUAUUGGAGGUAAAACGGAAACAUUGGAUGGACUAAGAAAACGUAAGAAUGUUUCCUACCAGCCGCAAGCUAAUGGACAGGUCAAACCGGACAAUCAGCAUCAAGCCGACUCGAAGAAGGGUACCGAAGGUGAUCGUGUCAAAAAGAUAAUUAGAUUCGAAAUUAAAACCAGUGACUCGGUUCAGACUGAUUUUACGGAAGCGGAACCACUGCAGCGAGUUGUUCGGAUUAGUCCCAAUGGCCGCCUGAUGGCCACUGGUGGAACGGACGGUCAUCUGCGACUGUGGAAUUUCCCAAAGAUGACCAUCCUAUCUGAUAUUUCUGCCCACACGAAGGAGAUUGAUGAUUUGGACUUCAGUCCGGACAAUAAGUACAUCGUAUCGAUAGCCAAAGAUGGACUGGGGGUAAUUUGGUCGAUCAAUCCCGACAAGGAGUCUCGAAAGCUGACGUGGAACCCUCCGGAGGGUAUCCGAUACAUGUUCAAGCGGUGUCGAUAUGGCCUGGUCGAAGGUCACAAGGAUAAGCACCGGUUAUUUACGCUGGCCAAUCCGUUUGCCAAAUCGGGCAAAGCGAAGGGUCUGCUGCAGCAGUGGGAUCCGGAAGUGGGUCGGUUGACCCGCGUCGUGGAGAUCGAUGAGUCGCUUGCCGCCCUGGCGGUGCGAGAUGACGGUCGCUUCGUAGCUGUGGGAACCAUGUUCAGUGGAUCGGUCUCGAUCUAUAUUGCAUUUAGCUUGCAGCGAGUGUUGCACAUUCCGAAUGCUCAUGCAAUGUUCGUGACCGGACUGGAGUUCUUGCCGGUGACGAAUUUCGAUGGACCGGCCAUCAGCGCGAACACCGAGGCGGCGGUACUGUCGAUUUCGGUGGACAAUCGGAUCUGCGUUCACAGUUUGCAAUAUAGACAUUCACUUCCAGCAUGGGUGGCAAUAUUCGCAAUAGUGGCAAUCUUGUUCAUCACUUUCUGUUUUUGCUCAUACAUCGGAUUGUAGUGUUUCUUAGGAUCGGCGGAGAUAAUUAAUUAUCCUAUAUAGAAAAUAUGCGUAAUUUUGUGUUUGCAAAAAGGUGCCGUUGAAAUGUCGUUGUUAGUUUUGUACAGUUGUAUGUAGAAGGAAAUAGGAUUCAUUAUUCAGGUGAUAAAACAAAUUAUACUUUUAAGUUUCACCAAUGUGACUACAUCAGACAUGAAACAGCAACUACAAAUAUUAAUCAAAUAGCUUUUUUAAGUCACGAAGAUGUUAAUUUAUUAGAAUGAAAAAAAAAAUGUAGUGCAUAGUUUGUUACACACGAAUAAAGGCGUUAACGCAUGCAUUGUA